AUACCCGUGUAGAAAAUCAGAACGACUCUUUCAGGCCAUCUUUAAAACAUCAUGGUAAACCAUACUUGAUCCUAAAUUCCUGUACUUCCUCAGGCCACCCGAGCAUGAAACGCUGUCACCUACCCACAUCCGCUGGCUGUGACGCUUGUCAAAGUGUUUUUUAUCGGCUGCAUGCCUAGACCACCAAGGCGUUCUGUCAGGACAGUGUCACUGGAGAAGGCGGCACGACAUGUCCAGAGCGCAGAUCUGGGGUCUGGUGUCUGGUGUCGGAGGGUUUGGAGCUCUCGUCGCUGCCACUGCGUCCAAUGAGUGGAAAGUGACUACGCGGGCCUCCUCGGUGAUAACGGCCACUUGGGUUUACCAGGGUCUGUGGAUGAACUGCGCAGGUAACGCGUUGGGUUCUUUCCAUUGCCGACCGCAUUUUACUAUCUUCAAAGUUGAAGGUUAUAUCCAGGCAUGUAGAGGACUUAUGAUCGCUGCUGUCAGCCUGGGCUUCUUUGGUUCCAUAUUUGCACUCUUUGGAAUGAAGUGUACCAAAGUUGGAGGCUCCGAUAAAGCCAAAGCUAAGAUUGCUUGUUUGGCCGGGAUUGUGUUCAUACUGUCAGGGCUGUGCUCAAUGACUGGCUGUUCCCUGUAUGCAAACAAAAUCACAACGGAAUUCUUUGAUCCCCUCUUUGUGGAGCAAAAGUAUGAAUUAGGAGCCGCUCUGUUUAUUGGAUGGGCAGGAGCCUCACUGUGCAUAAUUGGUGGUAUCAUAUUUUGCUUUUCAAUAUCUGACAACAACAAAACACCCAGAUACGCAUACAAUGGGGCCACAUCUGUCAUGUCUUCUCGGACAAAGUAUCAUGGUGGAGAAGAUUUUAAAACCACAAACCCUUCAAAACAGUUUGAUAAAAAUGCGUAUGUCUAAAAGAGCUCGCUGGCAAGCUGCAUCUUGAGUUUGUUAUAAAAGCGAACUGUUCACAAAAUGAUCCCAUCAAAGCCCUCCCAUAAUUAACACUCAAACUAUUUUUAAAACAUGCAUUUGAAGCAUUUGUUGAUUGUAUGGAUGUAAAUGUUCUUACACGGUUAUAUACUAAUCAUUUUCUGUUGUGGCUUUCUAUAAAAAAUAAACAGGUUAUUUACAGGA